CUGUUCCUCACCACUUCAUUCUCCUGUAAUUUGAGUGCAGACUCCUGCGUGGAUAAGCUUUCCUAAAAGCAGAAGAUGUUGGUGGCUGCUGAGAUCAGAAUAUAUCCUGCAGCACUUCAUGUGAAGAAGCUCUUUCCCUCAAGCAAGAAUGGGAUUCCUCUCCUCUGGCCACCGCGAAGUGAUGAUCCACAAGCAACACCGAUUCUUCCUCUCUCUCUCUCUCUCUCUCUCUCUCUCUCUAUAAAUGGAAGGAGAGAGUCGAGGAUUAGCUCGAGUGAGUUCCAAGUAAUCACUGCAAGAACAUAUGGCUGACUACAGCUCCUCUGGCGGAAGGUUCGGUGGCUUCGGCAAGGAGAGGACGGGCUUCAGGUUCCAGUCCUGGAGCACCGACGAUGAUGGAGGGAAAACAACCAGAGAGCGGUGGGAGUCCUCCUCCUGGCUCAGCAGCCAGGAGCCCCGCCGUGACCAUGUGUGCAGGCCAGUGGUCAUCGGUAGCGACGGAAAAGCCUCCCCGGUGAUGCUCGACUACCCUCCCCACCAUCACAAGGACCAUUCUGUCACCGACAACGGAUGGAAUAAGAGCGGCGACACCCACAGAUCCGACGCGUACGAAGCCCAAGCGUUCGUCAGCAACGUCCAGACUGCAGCCAGCAACGGCAAUCGACUCGGCUUCCCCGGCGGCAUGUUUCAGCUCCCGAAAGCGCAGUACGGGGCUUACGACGACGACACGUACUACAAGAGCAGCAACGCGUGGAGCAGACCGGUUGCGGCAGCAGAGCCUGCCACGUUUAACACCGGCGGCUGGGGCGCACCUGCGCAGGGAAAACUCAGCAGGGCGACGAACGAUAUCGGCACCGCUGCGGAGUUCCUGAGGGAGUCGGCGAGGCCGGCGCCAGCUCCGGCGCCCAUGGCUGGGCCUGGUUCCUGGGGCUUGCAGUCCUCACAGGCGUACCAGACAACCAAGAAAAGCUCGUCCACAACCAUUGACAGCAGAGAGGCAGCCAAGAAGUACGGUGGGCAGUUCAUAUGGUAAGCUAUAUAUAUGCAUGCAUGCAUGUGUGCGACCUUCAAACCUUCUACGAAGUAGAUUUGGUGUGUGGAGAUAAUAAACUCCCAAAGCUCUAGUGAUGCAUGGCAAUUAGCCAUACUAUUAUGUGUGAUGUUAAGCUUCUACUUGUACUACUCUUUAUGUUUACUGUUAUCUAUUAUGAUAACGUGAUCAGACUUUCUAGUGAUA